AGGAAGCCUCCUCCGGAGGUCUCGGUCCGCUCACAGCCAGCGGCCCGUGGGUCGCGGAGUCCGCAGCGCUCCGGGUCCCACCUGACACCGCACGCAACGCGGCGUCGGUCUCGUGGGUGCGGAAUGAAGGCAGGCGGCGUGGGCACCCACCCAAGCCUGAACUACUCGGCCGGGGCAGUGUCUCCGGAGUAGGCACCGUACUGUUCCCGGCCAGCGCACGCUGUGCCCUCGGCUCGCUUCCGGCCGGGCCACGUGAUUACGCGCACGUGUUCCGGCCCCUCGGAGCUGCGGUCUGGAGCCUCCACACAGCGGGCGGAUGCCCAUCUAGAGACAGUGCGGCCUUCGCCAUGAACCCCAGGGGCCUGUUCCAGGACUUCAACCCCAGUAAGUUCCUCAUUUAUGCCUGCUUGCUCCUCUUCUCCGUGCUGCUGCCCCUGCGCCUGGACGGCAUCAUCCAGUGGAGCUACUGGGCGGUCUUCGCCCCCAUCUGGCUGUGGAAGCUCCUGGUCAUCGUGGGCGCCUCGGUGGGUGCGGGCGUGUGGGCCCGCAACCCUCGCUACCGUACGGAGGGGGAAGCCUGCGUGGAGUUCAAAGCCAUGCUGAUCGCUGUGGGCAUCCACCUGCUGCUGCUCAUGUUUGAGAUACUGGUCUGCGACAGGGUGGAGAGGGGCACCCACUUUUGGCUGCUGGUCUUCAUGCCACUCUUCUUCGUUUCCCCCGUGUCCGUGGCCGCCUGCGUCUGGGGCUUCCGACAUGACAGGUCCUUGGAACUGGAGAUCCUGUGCUCUGUCAACAUCCUGCAGUUCAUCUUCAUUGCCCUGAGGCUGGACAGGAUUAUCCACUGGCCAUGGCUGGUGGUGUUUGUGCCCCUGUGGAUCCUCAUGUCGUUCCUCUGCCUAGUGGUUCUCUAUUACAUCGUGUGGUCCCUCCUGUUCCUGCGGUCCCUGGAUGUGGUUGCGGAACAGCGAAGAACACAUGUGACCAUGGCCAUCAGCUGGAUCACGAUUGUCGUGCCCCUGCUCACCUUUGAGGUCCUGCUGGUUCACAGACUGGAUGACCACAAUACGUUCUCUUACAUUUCCAUAUUCAUCCCACUUUGGCUCUCGUUAUUGACUUUGAUGGCUACAACGUUCAGGCGGAAAGGAGGCAAUCAUUGGUGGUUUGGUAUUCGUAGGGAUUUCUGUCAGUUUCUACUUGAAGUGUUCCCGUUUUUAAGAGAAUAUGGGAACAUCUCUUAUGAUCUCCAUCACGAAGACAGUGAAGAUGCUGAAGACAUAUCGGUGUCAGAAGCUCCAAAAAUUGCUCCUAUGUUUGGAAAGAAGGCUCGGGUAGUUAUAACACAGAGCCCUGGGAAGUAUAUUCCUCCACCUCCUAAGUUAAACAUUGAUAUGCCAGACUAAACUCACAGGCUGGGCCUUUAAGUGAAAUAGGAACCAUAUACCCAACCGAAUUCCACUUUGCUUUUUUCCUGUGUUCAUCCAGCCCUGGAAUUGGAAACAGGCCCUAUUCAUUUUAUGCCCACUGUGAGACAGAAGCCUCUGCACUGGUCUUUAUGUACAGUAGGAAGAAGAAGGAGGCUGUAGGACUGUGGGGGAUGUGUACAUACGUGCAAGAGAACUCGCUUCCCAGGCUCCCGUCUUAGGAGCUAGCCAAAGGUGGUAAAUCGAGUUGUUUCUAGGCCUUCAAAAGACCUGAAAACUACAUAGCUGUUUGUUUUAAAGUGCUACUUAUGCCUACCAAAAGUAUUGUUUAAAAAGUAUUUUUAUACACUGCUAGUCUAAAAUUGUAUUUUAGAUUGUGCCCAUUGUGACGGAAUGGCAAAGUUACCAAAUUCUCCUCCCCUCCCACUGUUCCCGAAACCUCAUAGUUGGUGUUUCUAGUGCUCCUACUGUUUAAAUAGUUGUUUUCUUUGGGCUUUGCUGACACAGGUCUUUAGUAUUCUAACAGAUGAAUUUUCUAAUGGAUUGAAUCUGCAUAUAGUAGUAUUUAUAUGAAUGUUUUAGCAGUGUUACCUGUGUUGAAUUGUAGUUCUUGGCAGUAAUGUAUUAUGUUAAAGUAUUUUUUUAAGUUUCUGUGUGAAGAUACAUAUUUAUUUCAAGUAUCCUUAAAGACUGAAUGAGAUGCUGAUACGUCCCUAACCUGGGAUCCUGUCAGAGUUCUAGGAAUGGAGGUCCGAUAUGGUAGAUAACAAGAGUGCUACAGAUUUUUAAAGUUUGUGAUUGCGCCCUCAGAGAAAAGGGACACCACCACUCAGAAUAAAUGACGUGUUCCAGUAUGGUGUCAGGCCACUGUCAAUUAA